GCGUUCUCUUCUGUCGAUCUGAUUGGUUUCGGCUUGUCAGGACUCGUGACUCCCGUUUUGCUCAUAAAUACGCGAAUCACACUAUUUCUAUUUCCUCCUGUUAAAGACCAAGUUGGUCAGCUGUGAAGGUCUUCUCCCAGUGCACUCUCCGCGACGGAAGAGCCAAGAUGAGUAAGCUAGAGCUGAAGAACAUGUCCUUCAAGGCAGGCUUGGAUCUGAAGAUCACUGGCGUCCCCAACGGUGAUGCAAAUACUUUCGUCAUCAACAUCGGCCACUCGGAUGACAACAUUGCACUGCACUUCAACCCACGCUUCGACCAUGAGGGAGACCACCGCACCAUCGUCUGCAACUCCCUGCAUAAUGGCUCCUGGAGCAGCGAGGAGAGGGAGGGCAACUUCCCCUUCCAGCACGGGGAGGAAUUCAAGAUCACCAUUUCUUUCGACAACGACAGUUUCCGGAUUAAACUGCCCGACGGUCACGUGAUGCACUUCCCCAACCGUUUUGGCGACGACAAAUAUAAACACAUUCACGUUCAGGGGGAUGUAAGGAUCAAGGGCUUCAAGAUGAAGUAGGCCAGCCAAGAGCCACUAGGCAUCCCCUUUCUGACUGCAGAUUGGCUGUUCUGAUCCCUUGUCUGACUGCUCAUUGGCUGUUCAGCCAUUCCAUGACUGCAUAUUGUCUGUACUACAUAAACAUCAGUGCCUUUAACAUUGUGACUUCCUGUGACAGCAUACUUGUGUUUGUACAAGCACAAUGCACUUUUUUCCAUGGUAGACUUGAACAAGGGGUGUCCCGAUGGCCGCUCAGAAUGUGGGAGUCUCUCCAGAUAUGUCAAUA